CAACAAAUUGGAAAAACUGACCUCUGAAUCUUUUAUUGACCUUGAAAAGUUGAUUGAGUUCAGACUACACAGCCAGACGCCAGCGAUGACCACCAUUAUGUUUGAUUCUAUGAUCAAUAUUGGUAAAGCUUUAAAAUAUCUAUUCAUUAGUCAAAAUGGAUUUACACAUUUACCACACCAGAUUUUUAUGGAAGGAAACUUCACUGAACUUAUAGAAUUAUAUGCUGAGAACAAUCUUAUUAGAAAUGUAGCAGAGCUGGAAGAGAGAGCGUAUGGAGUCAAAAGAAGACCAAUUUAUCUCCAGAAAAAACAACAUUUUUCAGCUUUUACCACAACUCCUAAUAUUGUCAAGUUGUAUUUACAAAACAAUUUGAUAGAGAUGAUAAACAAUACAGAUUUCUGUGGACUACAGGGUUUAGAAUUGUUGAAUCUACAAAGCAAUGUAUUGAAUGAGACGCAUAUUCAAGAGGAAGGAUUUAAAUGUUUACCUGUUAUGAAUGAUUUGUGA